AUGUCCGACGUCGAAGAUGCCUGUGGCCCCGAGUCGGUCGGCAAGGUCCCGCUCCGCAUCGCCGCCAUCUUUGUCAUCCUCGUGACGAGCCUCGUCGGCACCAUGUUCCCGAUCCUGUCGAAGCGCGUCGGCGCCCUGAGGCGCAUCGUGCCCGGCGGCGUGUUUGACUUUGCCAAGUUCUUCGGCUCGGGCGUCAUCCUCGCGACCGGCCUCAUCCACCUACUCGAGCCCUCGACCGACGCACUCGGCGAGGGCAACACGCGCUCGGCCGGCGGCUGCAUCUCGGACGCCUGGGCCGAGUACCCGUACCCGUUCGGCCUGUGCCUCCUGAGCCUGUUUGGCACGUUCGUCGUCCAGAUCGUCUGUUUCCGCCUCGGCACCGAGCGCAUGCAGAAGAUGACGGGCGGCGUCCCGCCGCACAUCCACGUUGCCGGUCACGGAGGACACGUCGAUGUACCGCCGCCGUCGUCGCCGCAGGACGUCGAGUCGAGCCCGACGACGGUGUCGAGCCACGACUUGGAGAAGAAGCACGACCUGAGCCGGUCGUCGAGCGAGCUCGAAGCCGGCAGCUACCGCGACGCUAUGGAGGAGAACCCGGUCGCGGCGUCGCUCAUCGGCGUUCUGACGCUAGAGUUUGGCGUCGUCCUCCAUUCGGUCCUCAUUGGGCUUACGCUCUCCACCACGAGCGACGACGAGGUGACGACCCUCUUUAUCGUCAUCGUCUUCCACCAGAUGUUCGAGGGCCUCGGUCUCGGGACUCGCCUCGCGUUCCUCAAGCUCGACCACCUCGGCAAGAAGUACGCGCUCUUGCCCUGGUUCGGCGCCCUCCUGUACUCGAGCUGCACGCCCAUCGGCAUGGCGAUUGGGCUAGGCCUGCGCGAGGGUAUCAGCAUGUCGAGCGGCACGGCGUCGGUCGUUUCGGGCGUCCUCGACGCCACGUCGAGCGGCAUCCUCCUCUACACGGCGACCGUCGAGCUCAUCGCGCACGAGUUCAUCUUCAACAAGUUUUACCACACGUGCUCGUGGACACGUCUCUGGUUCAGCAUCGGCUGCUUUGCACUCGGCGCUGGCAUCAUGGCGCUCCUCGGCAAGUGGGCGUGAGUGGGCGCGCGGUGGCGGAGGAGGAGGAGGAGCGGGCGGGCGACUUGGCGGCAUUCCUUAUAGACUAGAGUUGGGCGUGCAUUCUACGAGUUCGGGUGUUC